GCCCGAAUUCCGGUGCUGAGACUGUGCCCCACCCAGAGCAGCCGCAGCAGCCACCGCAGCCUCAGCCGCAGCCGCCGCCAGAGCCCCGAAGAUGCGAGGCCAUUACCUGUUUGAGCCCCCUCGGAAGGCUGACCCGGGCCAACUUCCCCCCGCUGAGAAGCCCGGAAGUUGCAAGGACUAGUGGGGGCUCGGUGGGGCCAGGGCGAGGGCGCACUCCCCCGCGCGCCGCCUCCCCCCUCCGUGGCCGCCCGCGCUCGCGCUCCCUCCCUCCCUCCGUCCCUCAGCCCGCCUUCCUCCACCGCCCCCCUCCGCGCGCGCCGCCGGGCGCGGGGUGCAGCGAAACUCCGACCCGAGCCGCCAGGACUCACACAGUGUCCUCGGGGCGCAGGGCCGAGCUAGCGCACGCAGCCGCGCAGCUCUGCCUCCUCCUGCCAGCCAGUCGCCCGCGAUCCCCUCCCGGCGGCUGUGGCGUCGGCUCGGACCCAGGCAGCCCGCCGCCCCGCGCGGAAGCCGGACCACCGCCGCAGGAGCUCGGACGGCAUGCUGAGCCCCCUCCUGGGCUGAAGCCCCAGAGCCCAGCAGCCGCGGCCCGCGCAGCCAGCCCCGGGAGACGCAGGUGGCCAGGGCGCGCCGGCUGAGCGGGCGAGCGGCGGCAGCGGCGGCGGAGCGGGCGUUAGAGCCGGCGAGGGGCAGCCACAGAAGUGGUGGUGGUGGGCGUCGUGGCUAUGGCGGCGGCUAUCGCCAGCUCCCUGAUCCGCCAGAAGCGCCAAGCCCGCGAGCGCGAGAAAUCCAACGCCUGCAAGUGUGUCAGCAGCCCCAGCAAAGGGAAAACCAGCUGCGACAAAAACAAGUUAAACGUCUUUUCCCGGGUCAAACUCUUCGGCUCCAAGAAGAGGCGCCGGAGGAGACCAGAACCUCAGCUUAAGGGGAUAGUUACCAAACUCUACAGCCGACAAGGCUACCACUUGCAGCUGCAGGCGGAUGGAACCAUUGAUGGCACAAAAGAUGAGGACAGUACUUAUACUCUGUUUAACCUCAUCCCUGUGGGUCUUCGAGUGGUGGCUAUUCAAGGAGUUCAGAGCAAGCUGUACUUGGCAAUGAAUAGCGAGGGAUACCUCUACACCUCGGAGCAUUUCACACCUGAGUGCAAAUUCAAAGAAUCAGUGUUUGAAAAUUAUUAUGUGACCUACUCAUCGAUGAUAUACCGUCAACAGCAGUCAGGUCGAGGGUGGUAUCUGGGUCUGAAUAAAGAGGGCGAGAUCAUGAAAGGAAACCAUGUGAAGAAGAACAAGCCUGCAGCCCACUUUCUGCCGAAGCCACUGAAAGUGGCCAUGUACAAGGAGCCAUCACUGCACGAUCUCACGGAGUUCUCCCGAUCUGGAAGUGGGACCCCAACCAAGAGCAGAAGUGUCUCUGGUGUGCUGAACGGAGGCAAAUCCAUGAGCCACAAUGAAUCAACGUAGCCAGUGAGGGCAAAACAAGGGCUCUGUAACAGAACCUUACCUCCAGGUGCUGUUGAAUUCUAGCAGUCCUUUACCCAGAAGUUCAAAUUUGUCAAUGACAUUUACCAAACAAGAAGGCAGAUUUCACUCUUUUUUUCUGCCAUCAAACCUUCUUAUCAACAUCCAUAACAGAGCCCCCAUAAUUUUGAUUCAGCUUGUGCAAAAGAAUGCCAAGUACUAUUAGUGAACAAAAUCUGGGAGAAGGACUGCCCAAUUUUCUCAUGAUCUCACCUGUGGUUUGAGGUGGCAAACCAAACAGUUCACAGCACUAAGUCUGAUUUAAAAAAGGAAAAAAAAAUGCUCUCUCACCAAGAAAAUUCAAAAGACCACAAUUGCUUUUCAAAAACAAAAAUAAAACAAAAAAAAUUUAACUGCUUCAAUGUUAUGUAGGGGCAAACAUAAUCAUGUGAACUGUGUUGUUUUCUUGGCUUAAUGUUUUCUAUCUAUGCUUGAUUCAGAUGUAUUCUUUCCUUUGGUUUAGUGCAAUGUAUGAUUUCUGAAAUUCAAUGGUUCUAUGGACUCUGUGUUAUUUAAUCCAAAUCAGCCAAAUUCAGGGUUGAAUCUGAGUUGGCAUCUCAGACUCAAGGUUAACAGUGUUAUUGUGAUGUAACUUUUUUUUUUUUAGAUGUAGUAGAUGUAGUAUUCUGGUCAAUUUGUGCUGUAUUUUGUGAGUAGAAAUUGAGUUCUAUUGUCAACCCCAGUCAGUAACGAUUACUUUAAAGAAAUUAUCCUCGAGUGUAGAUUUCUCUUAAUUCCAUUUGUGUUAUAAUGUUUAACUAUUGCUGUGGCUUCUUGUGUAAAGACAGGAACUAUGGAACUGUGAUGUUGUCUUUUGUGUUGUUAAAAAUAAGAGAUGUCUUCUUUGUAUAUGUGAAUCCUUCUGUUAUUGUAUUUGGCACGUGAAUAUUGUGUACAUGGAAAUGUUAAGACUGGUUACCCCUAAACAACAUAUACUUAUACCUGCUUCUGGAAAAGUGUUUAAGACUUAGCUAGGUUCCCAUUUAGAUCUUCAUAUCUGUUGCAUGGAAGAAAGUUGGAAUCUUGGCAUAGAGUUGCAUGAUAUGUAAGAUUUUGUGCAUUUAAUAAUUGUUAAAAUCUGUGUUCCCAAAGUGGACAUAGCAUGGACAGGCAGUUUUCUGUCCUGUGCACAGAAAAAGUAAAAAAAAAAGUUGUUUAAUAUUUGUUGUUGUAUACCCAAAUACGCACCAAAUAAACUCUUUAUAUUCAUUCAAAGAAAA